AUGUCCUGGACUACUAAGUGCGACGAAGGCAAACCACAGUGCAAGAGAUGUCGUUCAUUCGGGGUAAUAUGCAACUUUAUGCCUAACACACCCGACCUCCAACCCAUCGCUGCUGACAGUGGCCGACCAUUGCCCCCUCUCACAAAUGCUGUCUGGACAUCUGAUGCAUCGACUUCCUAUCAAUUAAACGCAAAAUGUCAAGAUUUCAUCACCCGCUAUCUUGGACGAAGCCUUAUUACCCCAGACGACCCUAGUAUGAUGCAAGUGAAUCGCAAGCUCCUGAAACUAGCCUUCGCCUACCCAUUCUUAAUGCACGCCUCUUUAGCUGUGGCCCUGACAUAUGAUCGUCAUCUGAACGGCUCCCUAGAUUGUCGUCGCACUCUCGAAGAAUGUUACCACUGGUCUCAAAGCACGAUCCUCUUCAACAAGCGACUAAGGCAACCGAUCAAGGCACAAGAUAAAGAUCCAAUAUGGGGCACUGCCGCCGCUCUAGUUAUCUUAACAUUCUCAUCCCCCGAUGCAUGCACACCGGAACAAUCGUGGCCCUUAAAGUCCUCAUCAUCCUCCGACUUGGACUGGUUGCGCAUGAGCAAAGGCAAGAUGUCAUUAUGGCAUAUCGUUGACCCGCUACGACCGGAUAGUGUUUUCAGUGUCAUGGCCGCGACUUUUGCUCGUAUGCAUUCACCAUUACCGGAGAGGGGUAUUGAUGGCAUACCGCCAGCUUUAGCUGCCGUGUGUAACCUGCACGACUCAUCUACCGCGGAAAACAAUACAUAUUUCCAUGCUGCCCAUGGCGUAUCUCAUAUUCUGGAUCUACCAGAUAGCGAGGUCACAACCGGUCACGUUCAACUCUUCCUGCGGAGCGUCCAUGGUCCCUUUGAAAACCUUCUUCGGGAAAAGGAUCCCGUAGCGCUAUUGUUGCUCUAUCUAUGGUAUCGCAAAGCAAGUCGCAGUAUAUGGUGGAUUGAACUCAGGGCUAGGGUGGAGUGUCCCUCGAUUUGCAUGUAUCUGCAACUGUAUCAUAAGGGUAAUUCUGCGUUACAGGCAUUCCUCCCUGGAGGAGCGCUUGCCGAGAGGGGAAUUAGUUGGGAUUUCGAAGCACUGUCCCUUAGCCACGGCUCAUAUCAGGCACUCUAA